AUGCACCUGGCAGCCGUAACGGAGCACAACGACACCGAAGCACUCGCGCACGCGGUUCUGUAUUUAAUUCUUCCACGUAACAUUUACUACCAAUAUUCUGCAACCAUGACGAUAGAUUUCUACCACAUGAUUGGGUCGCCACCGUGCUCUCUCGUCGAGAUGACGUUCGUAGCGCUGGGCCUCGAAUCCCAAGUCAAGCACCACUUUGUCGACUUUCUGGCUAACGAACAGUUCACACCGGAAUAUUUAAAGAUGAACCCCCAGCACACUGCACCCACCAUCGUGGACGACGGCUUCGUUCUGUGGGAGUCUCGCGCGAUCUCCAAAUACUUAGUUGACAAGUAUAGUAAAGGCAACGCUCUUUACCCUGUAGACGUUCAAGCGCGUGCGGUCGUUGACCAAAGACUGGACUUUGACCUGGAUACUCUUUACGGCAGAUUCACAGAGUAUUAUUUUAAGUACUUCUUCGAAGGGAAACCGCUGGAAGAGUCAGGUUUGAAAAAGAUACAGGAGGCGCUUGGUUUCUUAGACACGUUCCUAGCGAACACCAAGUACGUAGCUGGCUCGGAGCUGACGUUAGCUGAUUUAGCUCUGUUUGUUACUGUGUCAUUCAUAGAAGCCGGCAACAUCAGCGUGAAGGAAUACCCCAAUAUUGUCAGAUGGUAUGACCUCGUGAAAUCAACAGCACCCAAGUUAGCAGCUAUAAAUGACAAACAUCUGAAAGACUUCAUAGAUUUCUUUGAUGGUCUGGCGAAGAAAUGA